AUGGAUUCUUGUCAGAAAAACACUUGUUCUGAUGAUUCUACUUCAGCAAAGUUAGGUCUCAAUAAUGGUAAUAAUUCAUCGAAAGUUCCCUCGAUAGAACUACCUGAUGAUUUUUUGGACGAAUGUUUAGAUCUAUGGAAGUUUUCUCUUAUACGAAGAUUAGAUUUACAGAAAAUAAAGUUUAUUGAUGCUUAUGUUAUUUUAAGACAACAAUGGAAAUUAAAAGGAGAUUGCAAACUCAUCCCUCUUGGAAGAGGUUUCUUCACUAUUAAACUAGAUAAUGAAUUUGAUCGACAAACUAUCAAAGCAGGUCAAUGGGAAGUUAGUGAUCAAGUUCUUCAAGUAAGAAAAUGGGUUUCUAAUUUUCGGCCAUCAGAUAUUCGCACAUCUAAGGCUCAAGUUUGGGUUCGUUUUCCUGGAUUGGGUCUAGAAUUAUGGAAGGAGAAGAUAUUAUUCACAAUAUGUAAGGAAAUAGGUACUUCUAUCAAGAUAGACAAUGCCACUGCACAAUGUGAAGUUGGUUACUAUGUAAAUGUUCUAAUUGAGGUGGAUUUUGCUCAACAGAUUCCAAAUAAAAUUUGGAUUAAUACCAAAUAUGGUGGUUUCUUUCAGAAUGUUUCAAUUCCUGUUUAUCCUAAAUUCUGUCACAACUGCAAAAUAAUUGGUCAUUUAACUUCAGAAUGUAGAAUUGAGCAGAUUAAGAAUCAAUCUGCAGGUAAAACUACUCCAAGAACCGCAGAACAGACUCAAACUGCUAGCAAAAAUCAACAAUCACAUAAAGUCAGAACUGAGUUUCCUCAUACUCCUUUUGAUAUAUGUGAUAGAUUUGAAGUUGAUAUUCCAAUAAAGUCACCUGCUCCACCAACACAUGAUUCUAUUGUUAGAAGUAUUUUAACUCCAGUGCAUCCACAAUUCAGUCCCCAAAUCAGUUCAGUGGGUGGAAGAUUUGAUGCCUUGAAUUCAAUAGUAGAAAAUGUUGCAGAAGAAGAAGAUAAUGCUGAAUCAGUAAUAUUAGAAGUUCCACAAAUUUUGAAGAUAGUUGAGAGUAAUAACUUGGAGAAUAGUACUGUGAAAUUGAUGAAUGACACAAAUGGUGUUUUAUCACAAACACCAGUUCAAGUAACAUCUUGGGCUAAUAUAGUGGAGAAGGAAAUGGUUAUCAACAAUACUCCUGCUUCUACAAGUAGUUCUGACAAACCAAAGGUGAGUACUACAACUACAUUAAACAAUAAGUAUAACUUUAGGAAGAAUCCUGGUAAAGGGGGUACCAGAAACCCUCCAUCCAAAUAA